AUGAUCUUAAUCAAAUCUAUGCUCCUUGUAGCGAUCGAGAUUUUUCUCGUUAGCCAAGUUACUGCAUAUAUGGGAUGGGGAGAUCCAGUUUGCUAUGGAUCUUCUGAGGUAAAAGGAGAAGAUUGUUUCAACGCACUGAGUCAAUUCUUUGAUACGUCGGACGUUUAUACUUCUGAGAAAAACUUUACUGAUUCUGAAGCAAAAAGUUGCGGUACUUGUACUGUCGUUCUUCGAACAAAUACUGAGAAUUGUAAAGUACAUCAAGCUCAUUUGAUCGAUGGUAUGAGUCCGCGAAUGGAGGAACUAUCACCACCCAGAGGUGGAAUGGACUAUUUGGUACAAAAAUGUGCUUCUCACGGAAAGAAUGGAGAUGUACUGAUAUUUGAAGACCCGGAGUUUACCAACCCUACUGCUAUCUCGUGCAACUGGAAAAUCAAAAUAUCAGAAAACAAGCAACAGAAUUCAACCCCAUAA